GGGCGGGGUCAGGGGGCACCGGCACGCGAGGGGCUCGUGAAGGGACCGUGAGGCCACGCCGGGGCACGUCACUGAUAAAGAGUCUGAGCUCGUGCUGAAGCCCGAGGGAACACACCAUGGAUAACUUCCAGAAAGUGGAGAAGAUCGGAGAGGGCACCUAUGGGGUGGUUUACAAAGCUAUGAAUAAAACCACGGGAGAGAUGGUGGCUCUCAAGAAGAUACGUCUGGAUGCCGAAAUGGAAGGAGUGCCCAGUACUGCUAUUCGAGAAAUAUCCUUGUUGAAAGAGUUGAAUCAUCGAAACAUUGUGAAGUUGCUGGAUGUUAUCCACAGUGAAAAGAAAUUAUACCUUGUGUUUGAGUUUCUUAAUCAGGACCUGAAGAAGUAUAUGGAUGCUGCUCCACCUACCGGACUCCCUUUGCAAUUAGUUAAGAGUUAUCUAUUCCAGCUACUGCAGGGGGUAGCUUUCUGUCAUUCUCACAGAGUCCUCCAUCGAGAUCUAAAACCACAAAACUUGCUCAUAAAUGAUGCUGGUGCAAUUAAAUUGGCAGAUUUUGGAUUAGCAAGGGCUUUUGGAGUACCUGUGCGCACCUACACUCAUGAGGUUGUAACCUUGUGGUACAGAGCUCCAGAAAUUUUAAUGGGUUGUAAAUUUUACUCAACGGCAGUGGACGUUUGGAGUAUAGGAUGCAUCUUUGCAGAAAUGGUCACAAGAAAAUCUCUGUUUCCAGGAGAUUCUGAGAUUGAUCAGCUUUUCCGAAUUUUCCGUACACUUGGCACCCCAAACGAGUCUGUGUGGCCUGGGGUUACACAGCUACCUGACUAUAAAGCAAACUUUCCUCAGUGGGUCAGACAAGAUUUCAACAAGAUACUCCCCAGCCUGGACAUAGAUGGCAAAGACUUACUGAUGCAAAUGCUUCAGUAUGAUCCCAACAAGCGAAUUUCUGCAAAAGCUGCUGUGAGUCACCGUUUUUUCCGUGACGUGACAAUUCAGUUACCGCAUCUACAGUUGUAAAUAUCAAGACAAGCCUGAUUAAUGUGGAAGAGGGAAAAAAGCAUAUUAUUUUUCUAUUAUUGCCAUAUCUUAACAUAAUUUUCACCUUUAUCUCAAUGCACUAUUUCCUUAGCAAUAUAUCUGUUUAUCAGAAGAUGAAAAUUGCACUUGUAGAGUAGUUUACAAGGUCUGGGUAAAACUGUUAUUAAUUUUACAACAAUGUAUGUUACUGAAGGAAGUUAAAUAUAAAAAUGCGAGUAAUAUUGGCCCCACAAGUUUAAGGGCUCUUACAUUAUGGUAGCUUCUUUGAGACUAAUGUUAUGUUUGAAACGCCAUUUGUUUUAUUGAAAUAGUUCUGAGCGGCUCUGGGGCAGGGCAUGAAAUUGUCCUGAUUUCCCUUCAUGGCAGAACAAAUUAGUAUGAAAUUUUGAAGUUACUUCAUGGAGAAAUAUUUCUUGAAUUAGCUGACUGAGAUUUUAUAGCUCACAGUGGAUGUUCUGAAUUUUACUUUUCAUAUGUUUUAUUAUUUUUAUGUAGCCUGAUAGUUGUCCUAAAACACUGCAUCCUUAAAGUUGAGGGGUUUUCAGUUUCAAUCCUAUUUUUUUUAUUUUAAACUCACUUGCUCUGAUUGGGAGGUUUUGCCAAUUCUCAGUUCUGUGCCCCAGACUCUCUCUCCUAAACUGGCUAAAGUUGGGGUAGGGGAAAGUUUUUAUUAAUUGUGUAACCCAUUGAUGUGUCUUAUCUCAGCAUUCUGUUUAUAUGAAAAGUUGUGUAGAUAAAUCUCAGUGCUAAUAUUUUAGUAGCAGCUAUUAUAGCAAGUCUUUUAAAGAAUACAGGUAUUUGUGUCCUUAUAUUGUAAUUUUGUUGUACAGUGUAUUAUAGCACAAGUCUCUGUUGACAGCACAGAUUUUCUGUGCUGUCCCUUUCUGUGUAUCCCUGUCUCUAAUGUGAAGAUUCUGCCAGAUAAAAGCAGAUGAAGGUUCUAAAUCCCACUAACCUUGAGUUAAAUGCAAAAUGUGUCUUAAAGUCUCCACCCAUUUCACAUUUGUGUAAA